GUCCUUCUUCUAGCUGGCAUCGCUGCCAUCAUAUUCCUAUGGUUGUGGCUAUCAGCAGGAAACAAACAAUCGUCUAUCCCACCGAAUAGCGCCCGCAGAUCCCUGACCUUCAGGAUUUCCAGCAUACCUCGAGGGGUGGACAGGGAAAAGUUCCGAGACAUCUUGACCAGGCUGCCCACCACAAACAGUGCUCGCGAGCUUAAAUGGACUUUACUUGGGUUCUCGUACUCACCUUCUGCGGCCCCGAGCCAGGCUCAGCGAUAUGCGGUAGCCACUGCCACCUUCGCGAAUGCCCCAACCUUGAGCGAGCUUGAGAAAUCUAUCAAGCGUGAAAUUGGCAUCGAUGCCAGCCGCUUGAAGGUCGACUCGGAUUUUUUCGGUCUAACACCACUCGCUGAUCCUUCACAGGAUGUCGCUGUAGACAUUAUUGCAGUAACCGGACUUGCCGGUCAUGCAUUUGGAUCCUGGAAAUCAAAAAACAAACCAGACAUGUGGCUGCGUGAUUUCCUUCCAGAAGCCGUUCCAAAUGCACGCAUUCUAACGUACGGCUAUGAUACCAAACUACCUGGGAGCCAGUCUGAAGCAUCUAUUCCUGACCUCUCAAGGAGGCUACUUGAGUCGAUUAAGACGAUCCGAUCUGGACACGCAAAAAAUCGGCCCCUCAUUCUUAUGGGACAUAGCCUCGGUGGUCUUGUUGUGAAAGAGGCCAUUGCUGAAGCAUUUGAAGGGAGUGAAGAUGACCAGGCCAUCUUUAGGUCCUGCUAUGCUCUUAUGCUCUUUGCCGUUCCCAACAGAGGUCUUGAUAACUCAAACUUGAUGUACAUGGUUAGAGGACAGCCUAACGAAGAUUUGGUAAAAGAUCUGAAGCAGUCAUCUCGAUUUUUAAAUAUGCUUGGCCAGAGGUUCAACAAAUAUUUCACGCUUGACGAUUCGAAGAUAAUAUGCAUAUACGAAACGAGAAUGACCCCGACAAUUCAGACCGCGUCAUGGGAAAGGACCGGUUCUAAAGUCAUGAUGGUUCCAUUCACAUCUGCUAUUCAUGCCGGCCCAAAUGAGAAAGUCUAUGAUCAAAUACCAAUAGAGGCAGAUCAUUCCGAAAUCGUCAAAUUCAGCGACAUAUCCAACCCUGACUAUCUCAUGAUGGAAUCAAGAAUAAGAGAAUUGGUGGCUAAAGCACCAGGCAUCAUUCAAGAGCGUUUUGCAAAGCUCGGGAGAAACUCGGAGAAACGUUACAUUGAGGCCCUCAAGGCUCCCGAUUACGCUGCAUUCAGAAACCACAAAGUUGAUAAUCCAACACCCGGCACACUUGGCUGGAUAUUGAAAAAUGAACUGCUCCACUUAUGGCUAACAACCAACGAGUCAUCAGUCUUGUGGGUAAAGGGUUCACCAGGCCAAGGGAAAACAAUUCUCGCCAAAUUUCUCCUGACGCACAUAGAAGAUUUGUCUCUUAACUCCCACCGUCGUACAACGGUCAUAUAUUUCUUUUUCUAUGACCAGGACGAUAACUGCCGGACUGUUGGCGCUGCUUUAAGGUCACUCAUCACGCAAUUGCUUUCAGUAAAAGAUGCGUUCCAAAUCAUUUCCGACAAAUUCGAUAUCGAAACCUCCACUAUAACUGAUGAAUCGACGUGGGCCAUUCUGAAAGAGCUGCUUCAAUCUCCUGUCUUUGGUACUAUAUACUGCGUGAUUGAUGCCCUAGAUGAGUGUCGGGAUCAUGAGUCGAGACACAGAUUACUUGAGUUAUUCAAGGCACUCGUUCAGCCACCGAUUAUGAGAAGAAGAGAAAAGUUUCCGCCUCUCAAGGCCUUCUUAACAAGCCGCCCGACAGUGGAUCUAGGUCGGAGUCUAAAGCCAUUUCCGUCCAUUCACCUGAAAGCCAGUUCUGAUGAUAUCAAGACAUUCACUCUCAGCAAGAUUCAUCCUCUAGAGCUGGCCACUGAACUCGAGUGUAGAGUGAUCGAGUUGUUGAGCAGCCGUGUGGAGCAGACUUUCUUGUGGAUAUCGAUCGUCUUGAAGAAAUUAAAAGCAGCGACUACCUUGCUAUCGCAGGCAGACAUAGAGCAAAUCAUUAAUGAGAGCCCGUCAGACCUAACGGACCUCUAUGAAAGCAUUAUAGGUCAGAUUAUGCAAAGCAACGAUAUAGCAGCGCAAAAGCUCCUGAUAUGGACAGUUUUCGGUCGACGAGCCUUGACUUUGAAUGAGCUCGAAGAAGCUCUUGCCAUCCAAGAGAAUUCCAAGAGUAAGGAAUCCAUUAGGAAAUACAGGAUACCUCUCACUGAGAGCGCCAUCACUAGUGCUGCCGGGGUAAUUCUGGACAUCAUUGCCGGGAAAGUCUAUUUAAUACACCAAUCAGCGAAAGAAUUUCUUCUCAAUAGUGAAUAUCUAGCUACAGCUGAGUUUUGCAGAGGUCUGCGUCCUAGCAUGUAUUUGGCGAAGACCUGUAUGACAUACUUGUGUUUCACGGAUUUUAUUGAAACAGGUCCUUGUCGGGAUCCCGCGCUGCUAGAUGAAAGGAAUCGUCAUCAUCCGUUUUUUCGUUACGCCGCGCGCAAUUGGCACCGCCAUAUUGGGGUCGAAGACGAUAUCAAAAACUUCACCGGCAUCAUCUGCCAGUUGACUAAGCCAGGUUCCUCAGGACUCCUAGCAUGGGGAGAAGCAGCGGGAAUAGCCAAUUUUGACAAAGCAGUAGAUGCAUGGGAUAUUGCAACGAAGGCCGACAUUCCAUGGUUAGCCGAGUUUCAGUCCAAAGAUAUUGUGGUCACAGAGGAGAUGAUUGAGAAGGCAGCCAUAAAACUAGCAGCAAGGAACCGUGAGAGCGGCAGAGAUGUCAUUGAGUUGAUGCUGCACAAUGCCAACACAAACAUCUCGGAAGGCGCAGUCGCAGAAAUAGCGCUUAGAUUCAGUGUCGAAACUAUGAUGCUUUUACUGAAUUCGAGAGAAGACGUCAAGAUCACCGAGAUGGUAAUUGAUGCCGCAAUAAGAAGAGAGCACAACAGAGAGGAAAUGGUAUCUCUCUUGCUAGAGCAGCGAGUUCAAGACAUCCAGAUCACAGAAAAGAUUGCUAAGACUAUUGCGGAAGAGUUUGAUGAAAAGAUGAUGAUAUCUCUUCUUGAGAAUGGAGGCCAAGACUUCCAGAUCACAGAGGAGGUCAUCAAAGCUGCAGCACGAAAUAGGAAGAAUUGCAAGCAAGUGAUGGCAUUGCUCUUUAACCAGCGAGGAGAUGAGAUCGCUAUUACAGAGGAGGUUGUUAAGGCUGCAACAAGAAGAUCUGAUGCUAGGGAAAUGAUAACAUUUCUCCUUAACCGAAAAGAUGGAAUCGCCAUUACAGAGGUUAUUAAGGCUGCAGUAAGAAUAUAUGAUGCUAAGGAAAUGAUGACAUUGCUCCUUAACCACCGAAAAUACGAGAUCGCUAUUACAGAGGAGAUUGUUAAGGUUGCAGUAGGAAGACAUGAUGCUAAGGACAUAAUAACAUUGCUCCUUAACCACCGAGGUGGUCAGAUCGCUAUUACAGAGGAGGUUGUUAAGGCUGCAGCAGGAGGUACUUAUGGUAAGGAAGUAAUGAUAUUACUCCUUAACCACCGAGGAGAUAAGAUCGCUAUUACAGAAGAGGUUGUUAAGGCUGCUGCAGGAGGUUAUGAUAGCAAGGAAGUGAUGACAUUGCUCCUUGAAAAGCGAGGAGACGAGAUUACAAUUACAGAGGAGGUUGUUAAGGCUGCUGCAGGAGGUUAUGAUGGCAAGGAAGUGAUGACAUUGCUCUUUGACAAGCGCGGAGAUGAGAUUGCUGUUACAGAGGAGGUUCUUAAGGCCGCAGCCGGAGGUCCUUAUGGUGAAGAAGUGAUGACAUUGCUCUUUGACAAGCGUGGAGACGAGAUUACAAUUACAGAGGAGGUUGUUAAGGCUGCUGCAGGAGGUUAUGAUGGCAAGGAAGUGAUGGCAUUGCUCUUUAACCAGCGAGGAGACGAGAUCGCUGUUACAGAGGAGGUUUUUAAGGCUGCAGCCGGGGGCCCUUGCGGUAAGGGAGUGAUGGCAUUACUCCUUAGCCGGCGCGGAGUCGAGAUUACCGUUACAGAGAAGGUCGUUAAGGCUGCGGCAGGAAAUGGAUGGAAUGGUAAAGAAGUGAUGGCGUUACUCCUUAGCCGGCGUGGAGACGAGAUUACCAUUACAGAGGAGGUCAUUAAGGUUGCGGCAGGAAAUAAACUGAAUGGCAAGGAAGUGAUGGCAUUACUCCAUAAUCAUCGAGGAAAACGGAGU